AUGCUCCGCCGCGCAGCCGAGCGGUGUCGCUCCCUCGCCCGCGCGACGCUGCUCGACGUCCACCAUCCGUGUGCGUCUCGCGAUGUCUCUCACACCGUGAACGCGCGUCGUAAAGCGGAGGAGACGACCGAACAGAAAGAGCUGAGAGCUCGAGCUGAAAAAGCAGCCGAGCGAAAGAUCCGCGCGAGCGACUCCCCGCUCUUCAACUGGGUUGAGGUGGACGUGAAAAACGAUGAUACGGAGAUCCCUCGAUGGCAGAACGCCGUCUUCAUCGUCGUCGCGGGGACGUUUCUGGCGUACUUUGGACACAAGUUGGCGAAGAGCGAGCUCGAGCGGCGCGCGCGAGCGACUGCGGCGAAGGAAAAUUUGGAGUCGCGAGCGAGAGCGGUGAUUCGCGAACGAAUGCGUGAGGGUAGAAGCGUCGCGGAUGUCGCCGCGGACGACGCGUUCGAGGGAUUGGCGCCGGAGGAGAUCGAUGCGCUCGUCUCGCGAGAACGGGACGGCGAGCGGUAG